AAACCUCUAUACCGUACACCUCAAGAAUAUAUCUUAAUGGCUCCCUAGAUAUUAGAUGUCCAUAGGCCACACCAGAGCGAUAGAUUUACGACACAUAGACGAGGCAGAUCGAUACACCUCCACAACAUACGAUAAAGAUCUCACAGUAACGACAGUCCCACCCGACGCCUGCGAUCGUUGAUAACUAUACCUGGCGAUUUGCAUCUCGACAUUCCAUCCCUAUAAAUCGCCAUACAACCCCCUUUUCGUAAAAGAACCAUUUCACCCAAUCACGUUACAUGACAAGACGACAAGAUGGCCCCCUUCAACCUGGACCAAUGUAUAGAACAAGCCUUCAAGAAACAACUCCUCAGCGAAGCCUUGUUGAGAGAGAUAUGUGAAAAGACGAAAGAGGUGUUGAUGCGGGAGAGUAACGUGAUACACGUCUCGUCACCGGUGACAGUCGUCGGGGAUAUACAUGGGCAAUUCUAUGAUCUGCUAGAGGCGUUUCGAGUAGGAGGAAGUGCACCAGAGACGAAUUACCUCUUCCUCGGCGACUACGUCGACAGAGGCCUACAUUCCGUGGAGACCAUCUCCCUAUUAACAUGCCUCAAACUUCGAUACCCAGAACGAGUUCAGCUAAUAAGAGGGAACCACGAGACGAGAGCCGUCACGCAGACGUACGGAUUCUACACCGAAUGUGUACGGAAAUACGGAUCACCGGUCGUCUGGCAGUAUUUCACCGACAUGUUUGAUUUCUUGACAUUGAGCGUGGUCAUCGACGAUCGGAUAUUCUGCGUACAUGGAGGGUUGAGCCCGUCUAUCCAUUCGAUAGAUCAGAUCAAGGUCAUCGAUCGAUUUAGAGAGAUCCCACACGAAGGUCCGAUGGCAGAUCUCGUCUGGUCAGAUCCAGAUCCGGACAAAGAAGAGUUCGCCAUCAGUCCACGAGGAGCGGGUUACACGUUCGGGUCGUCCAUCGUCAAGAAGUUUUUGGAAAUCAACGGGAUGAACCAUGUCUUACGAGCGCACCAGCUGUGUAUGGAGGGUUACUGUGUCAUGUACGACGACCGACUCAGUACGGUAUGGAGUGCACCGAAUUAUUGUUAUAGAUGCGGUAAUGCUGCAAGUAUUCUCGAGAUAUCACCAGGGGGAAGACGGUUCUUCAACGUAUUCGACGCCGCUCCGGAGAACGAACGAGACGGGCCAAAUCAAGCCGAGGCUCAAGCACAAAAGGCCAUCUCGUAUUUCCUCUAAAACCGCCACCUACCCAAGCUAAUUUCGUUUCGCCAUCUGCAUGCACCUUUUGGUCACUACAAGUGAACCCUUUCGCAUUUUCGUUGUAUAAGCAAUCAUCUCGAGGUCAUCCUGUGUAUGCCCCACAUGUUACCCAUACCGAUACCAAUCCCCAUUGGCAGCCGCUUAGUAACCGACUUCAGCGGUCAAGAGAUCAUUAUAUCCUGC